CGCCGCCGCCGCUGCCGCCAUCGUGCCAGCCCCUCGGGUGAGUGUCGGGGCUAGCGCACCGGGGCGGGGGCUAGGCCGCUAGAGCCGCGCUCUGGGCCGCCUGGAGCCUCCGCUACCAGUCUCCGGGCGCCCCCCACCCCCACCGGCGGCCCAAAGCCGCGCGGGGACGGGGCCAUGUGUCGCGCGCGGCUCCGCCUCCCGCCGGUCCUCUGAGGCGGCGGCCGAGGGGAACACAGAGACAGGCGCCUAUCCGGCAGUGUGGUGCCUAUAGCGGGUGCAGCGGACUGCGCUGUGGCCAGGCCGUUUUUUCUCUGGUCCAGACCACCCGGAUGGGGCUCUCCGGGCCCCGCCCCGUCUGGCCUAGCCCGGCCUGCCCGAGUCCCGCAAGCUCUGCAGGCAGGCUAGCGGGACGACCCCAGCCCCACGUCCUGCCACCCGCCAGCGAAGGAUCCGGGGAUGGGCAAGCGCCACCCGGCCCGCUCCGGAGUCAGCAUUGGGUGGAGUAACCUGUUUACAGGCAGGAGGCUGGUUGAACCUUGAGAAAUUGCCUUCAUUGAUGAAUCCAAUGACCCCCUUGAGUCCUGGGAGAAGAGGAGUAUCUAGCCUUAGAGUAGUCUUCUGACAGGCUUUGUAAAGAGACCUAAAGGUCAGUGAAGGCUGAUGCUCAGUGGGCGAGAGGUCAUCGAGGUCAUUUCUGCUCCUCGAGGAGCCUGGCCUCACUCAGCCUGCGGACUGUUGGGGUGAAGCAGGAGAUGGCGUGGUCAGCGGUCCUCUUGGAAGAACUGUAGGAGAAGCCGUCAUGAAGGUCUCAGUGAGGCUCCAGAAUGGGAGACAAGCCAAUUUGGGAGCAGAUUGGAUCCAGCUUCAUUCAACAUUACUACCAGUUAUUUGAUAACGACAGAACCCAACUAGGCGCAAUUUAUAUUGACGCAUCAUGCCUUACGUGGGAAGGACAGCAAUUCCAGGGGAAAGCUGCCAUUGUGGAGAAGUUGUCUAGCCUUCCGUUCCAGAAAAUCCAGCACAGCAUCACGGCGCAGGACCAUCAGCCCACGCCAGAUAGCUGCAUCAUCAGCAUGGUUGUGGGCCAGCUCAAGGCUGAUGAAGACCCCAUCAUGGGGUUCCACCAGAUGUUCCUAUUAAAGAACAUCAACGAUGCUUGGGUUUGCACCAAUGACAUGUUCAGGCUUGCCCUGCACAACUUCGGCUGACCUCCUCCCAGCCAGGCACUCAUGCUGUUUCCUCCUCCCUCCUCUCCCCAAUAUUAUUCACACUCCUACAGAUGCUCCAAAUAUCAUACACAAAUGAGCAGGGCCGCGGUGGGAGCGGGCGCAGUGCGCUGCUGCUACUGGGGUAUUGUGCAUGAUGUUUGGACGCUAGACUAGUUGCAUCUGACAGGAGAAGUUUGUGUUGUACCAGCGCAUGCCUUGGAAAGACUUAAGUAAUGCAAAAGGUUGUUUUUUUUUGUUUUGUUUUGUUUUUGUUUUUUAAUCUACUGACAAGUUGCUCUAGUAACCCAAAGAAGUGAAGGAGAAAGCAGCUGCCUCACCGCCCAGAUAUUGAUUUGUUCGGAUGUUUCAAUGCCUCAUGAUACAAUAAAACCACAAAAAUUUUCUUAACAGUUUAAA